AUCCACAACAUCUAAAACUCACACACACUCUCUCACUCUCACUCUCAUUCUCACUCUUGCUCUAAUACACACACACACACACACCCUCAUACGCCGCAAUCAUGACUUACACCCUCUACGACGCCUCCGUCCCCCUCCUCCUCGCGGGACUCAACACCCUGCUUGGCCUUCUCACCAAGGCUGAGGCCUACGCGGCGGACAAGGCCAUCAGCGCCGACGACGUGCUCGGCUGGAAGCUUGCCGAGGACAUGCUGCCCUUCUCAGUCCAGUACUACAUCGCCACCGAUUGCGCCAUCAAGAUCGUCGCGCGCGUGCAGGGCACCGAGCCCGAAGCGUUGGGCCGGGAGUUCAAGAGCAUCGCCGACCUGCGCCAGCGCGUCGAGUACACGAUCGCGCUGGUCAAGGCCGCCGACCCCAAGACGUUCGAGGCGCGCACCGACGCUCUCGUGCCCCUCGGCCUCGGCUUCGGCCAGGGCGAGAUGCAGAUCCGCGCCCGCGACUACCUCGUCGCCUACGGCAUGCCCAACUUCUUCUUCCACCUCCAGACGGCCUACAGCAUCCUGCGCGCCAAGGGCAUCCAGCUCGGCAAGGCCGACUACCUCGGCCCCUUCAUGAACCCCUUUGUCGAAGAGUACAAGAAGCAGCAGCAGCAGUAAGAACGUGAGCUCGGCGUGGUUUGGCGAGAGGAGGAAACAUCGUCACAUGAUGGCGCCCGGAGUGUUUCCGGGAAUGGAGCAGGCAAUGCACGCGGAAUGAUACGGUGGGAUGCGACGAAAAGUAGAGAUGACUCGGACGAAAGUCGAUGCCCUUUGUUUUAUCAUCAUAAUGAAUGAGAUUUGGUCUAGCAAGUGACCAUGUUCCU